AUGGGCGACAAAAACCUCAAAGAGCUCCUGAACUGGGGCAUCGAGAACUCAGCGAAGAAACCCUCCGACCGGGCCACCGACCCCUCCGCGCCGCCCGCCGACUCCACGGACUCCAGCAACGACACCACCGCCGCCGCCGCCGCCGCGACACUCAACCCCGCUCAAACCGACGCGCUCGCCCAGCUGAUGGGCAUGGCCGGGCCCUCGGACGCGGACCUCAUGAAGGCGUCCAUGGCAGCCAUAACCUCGUCGGAUCCGGAGAUGACGCUCGAAGCCAAGACGACGGCCUUCGACAACCUAGAACAACUGAUCCAAUCGCUCGACAACGCGAACCUGCUCGCCAAGCUCGGGCUCUGGACGCCUCUCCUCGAAUGCCUGGGCCACGAGGAGGCCGACCUGCGGUUCAUGGCGUGCUGGUGCGUCGGCACGGCCGUGCAGAACAACCAGCCCUGCCAGGAGCGCCUCGUCGCGCUGGGCGGCGUGGAGCGGCUGGUUAGGAUGGCACUGGGCGAGCGCGAGACCAUGGAGAAGCGGGCUGGUGACGGCGACGUGACGACGGAGGACGGCGUUGCGCCGCUCAAGGGGCAUGGUGUUGAGACGAAAGAGGUGAGGCGGAAGGCCAUUCGUGCGCUCAGCUCGGUGGUGCGCAACUACCAGCCCGCCAUGGACGUGUGCGCGGCGGAGCUGCGGCGGAAGGGCGAGCCCGUGGCCGAUGCGGUCGAUGCUGCCGAUAUGGACGCUGUGGACGCGGUGAUCAAUCCGUUGAGGACGAAGGCCGGGCAAAAUGUAACUACGGGAGGUUCUUGA